CAAAGUUACUUCCAUCCAAUUAGUACUUCUUCUUCCUCUAUAAGUACCUUACCUUCAUCCUCUCCGCCUUUUCUUCACCCGGAAUCCAGUCAUGGGAAACGGGGUCGGCAAGCUGACCCUAUGUUUCACCGGAACCGACAUCGUCCACCGCCGGAAAGACGUGGCCGUUUAUAUCUCUGACCCACUGGAUGAUCUGGGUCACUCCUUCUGCUAUGUUAGGCCUGCUCAAUCUCGCAUCUCGUCCUCCAAGGUUCAUUCGGCUGAAGAAACCACCACUUUCCGGUCAAUCUCCGGCGCCUCUGUCUCCGCCAACACUUCCACGCCUCUGUCGACAUCUUUCCUCGAUGUUUACUCUUACAACACCAUCGAUAAGGCCUCUGCCUUUGAGAGCUCUACAUCUUUUGCAUCGAUUCCUCUACAACCUUUGCCUAGAAACUCAAUCAAUUCGGGUCCUUUGCCGUCGGGUCCGUAUUCGGGUCCUAUUGAACGAGGCUUCCUUUCUGGCCCGAUUGAGCGGGGAUUUCAAUCGGGUCCUCUUUUUUCGGGUCCCCUCGAGAAGGGUAAUCACGAUCAGUUUCAACGGAGCUACUCCCAUGGGGGUUUUGCUUUCAAACGCAGAUCGAGAAAACGUCAUUUGAUUCGGGUUAUCCAAAGGGCGAUUUCGAGGACGUUUACAACCCGUGGCCAAAACUCGACUGUUGCCCCGAUCACUAAGAACGUGGGUCAUUUGAAAGAUCACAAUUGGAUUGUCGGGUCUUCGGAGAAAAACAAUGAAUUGACGAUUAGCAGUGUUAAUUUGAGCAGCGAAGGUAGUUUUUUUGAUGAUGAUGAGUGUAUGAAUCAGAACCAGAACCUUCAAUGGGCUCAGGGCAAAGCUGGAGAAGAUCGGGUACACGUUGUCGUCUCGGAGGAACAUGGGUGGGUUUUUGUUGGGAUUUAUGAUGGAUUUAAUGGUCCUGAUGCGCCCGAUUAUCUAUGGUCGAAUAUGUAUGCAGCUGUUCAUAAGGAACUCAAAGGAUUGUUAUGGGAUGAUCAGAUUGAUUCAUCAAAUUCGACUUCUUUGGUGAAAUCUUCAGAUGUUGUCGAAUCUCAUUUGGAUGAUCAACCUUCAAAAAAUGGGUUACCAAGUUGUGUUCAUCAGCAGGAGAGUUACCCAUGUGCAACUGAGGAUCUCGAGACAAAUUCACGGAACAAGAGGAGCAGGAUUAGAAAUCGAGGGGCGGCAAAGAAAUGGGAGGAGAAUCAGAGGAGGUGGAAGUGUGAAUUCGACCGGGAGAGAUUAGAACUUGAUCGAAGAUUAAGAGAACAAAUGAAUCCAAAUGGGUCGAAUUCCAUAAAUCAUUCGGAUGUUUUGAAAGCUCUGUCUCAAGGACUGAAGAAAACAGAGGAGUCUUAUUUAGAUAUUGCAGACCAGAUGCUUGUUGAAAAUCCUGAACUAGCUUUAAUGGGCUCUUGUGUUCUUGUUAUGUUAAUGAAAGGAGAAGAUGUUUACGUGAUGAAUGUGGGAGAUAGCCGCGCUGUUCUAGGUCAGAAAUCCGAGCCUGACCUAUGGAGACAAGAUCUAGAAAAGAUUAACGAAGAAACAUGGUAUGAUCUCGAAGUUUUUGAUGCUGAUAUUGCCACCACAAACCCAAGUUUAACUGCUUGCCAGCUUAGCAUGGAUCAUAGUACCUCCAUUGAUGAGGAAGUUGAAAGAAUAAAGAAUGAACACCCAGAUGAUGCAUGGGCAGUGAUGAAUGACCGUGUUAAAGGCUCACUAAAGGUCACUCGAGCUUUCGGUGCUGGUUUUCUUAAGCAGCCCAAAUGGAACAAUGCGUUACUAGAGAUGUUUAGGAUAGAUUAUGUUGGAACUUCUCCGUACAUAAACUGUCUGCCGUACCUACGCCAUCACAAAUUGGGGACGAGGGACCGAUUCUUGAUAUUAUCCUCAGACGGGCUUUAUCAAUACUUCACCAACGAGGAGGCUGUUUCUGAAGUCGAGCUUUUCAUUCAAUGGUCGCCCGAAGGUGAUCCUGCUCAGCAUUUAGUCGAAGAAGUCUUGUUACGUGCAGCCAAGAAAGCAGGUAUUGAUUUUCACGAGUUGUUAGAAAUACCACAAGGGGAUCGAAGGCGUUACCAUGAUGAUGUUUCGGUCAUUGUGAUUUCGCUCGAAGGAAGGAUAUGGAGAUCGUGCUUGUAAUCGAUACACACCAAAAAACAUAGAAAUCCACAAAUAAAUGGGGAUUCGUUUACGUGAAAAUAGGUAGAGAUACAGAUGCACCAAUUUUUCGAUAUGUUUUUUGGUGAUGAGGAUUUGUAAAGAUGUAAAAAACGUUGCUCCAUCUUAAUUAAAUAUGCAACUCUCAUAUACC